AUGGGUCGCAGAACGCCCUGGACCCUCCUCUGCGUCGCCCUCGUCUUUCCAAUAUUCUACCCGGAAAGAAUAUUGGCGCAUUUUGAGGAUGACAGCUGGGAACCGCCGCAACAGGAGGAGGAGGAGAACAGCGGGGACGGGGACCCUCUGUUGUCCCAGCAGGAUCUGGGCCCAGUACAGGGGCCUUGCCUGGACUACCCCAUCAACGGCCACGCUUUCAGACGCGUCAAAUGCCCAAACGGCUCACAGAAACCGUACAGCCGGAGAAGGGGGAAGGGAAAAAACUGGGGCCGCCAGAAAGGUUUUGGGCCGACACUCGCUCAGAACAACGGCGUCACAUCGGAAUUUCCAACCACUUUACCAUUAGUUGUCCCCGAUAACAUUGCAGAACUGGAGAUGGCGAUCACUUCAUCGGGAGACGGAGUUGCCGAGAUACCAAAUACCUCCUCCGACCUCGGGAACGCUAUUGGUGCCGAUAAAAUGGAAACCAGCAUUUCCAUCGGGGCAACAGAACCCAACGAUAGUGCCAGAGAAGGUGUCGCAGGGCCUGUAAUGACGGCAUCUAAUACCAUUACCACUGGGACAACAGAGACUGGAUCUGAUACCAGUACCACUGGGACACCAGAGAGUGAAUCUAAUACCAGUACCACUGGGACAACAGAGACUGGAUCUGAUACCAGUACCACUGGGACACCAGAGAGUGAAUCUAAUACCAGUACCACUGGGACAACAGAGACUGGAUCUGAUACCAGUACCACUGGGACACCAGAGAGUGAAUCUAAUACCAGUACCACUGGGACAACAGAGACUGGAUCUGAUGCAAGUACCACUGGGACAACAGAGACUGGAUCUGAUACCAGUACCACUGGGACACCAGAGAGUGAAUCUAAUACCAGUACCACUGGGACACCAGAGACUGGAUCUGAUACCAGUACCACUGGGACAACAGAGACUGGAUCUGAUACCAGUACCACUGGGACACCAGAGAGUGAAUCUAAUACCAGUACCACUGGGACACCAGAGAGUGAAUCUAAUACCAGUACCACUGGGACAACAGAGACUGGAUCUGAUACCAGUACCACUGGGACACCAGAGAGUGAAUCUAAUACCAGUACCACUGGGACAACAGAAACUGGAUCUGAUACCAGUACCACUGGGACACCAGAGAGUGAAUCUAAUACCAGUACCACUGGGACAACAGAAACUGGAUCUGAUACCAGUACCACUGGGACACCAGAGAGUGAAUCUUAUACCAGUACCACUGGGACAACAGAGACUGGAUCUGAUACCAGUACCACUGGGACAACAGAGACUGGAUCUGAUACCAGUACCACUGGGACACCAGAGAGUGAAUCUAAUACCAGUACCACUGGGACAACAGAGACUGGAUCUGAUACCAGUACCACUGGGACAACAGAGAGUGAAUCUAAUACCAGUACCACUGGGACAACAGAGACUGGAUCUGAUACCAGUACCACUGGGACAACAGAGACUGGAUCUGAUACCAGUACCACUGGGACACCAGAGAGUGAAUCUAAUACCAGUACCACUGGGACACCAGAGACUGGAUCUGAUACCAGUACCACUGGGACACCAGAGAGUGAAUCUAAUACCAGUACCACUGGGACAACAGAGACUGGAUCUGAUACCAGUACCACUGGGACACCAGAGAGUAAAUCUAAUACCAGUACCACUGGGACACCAGAGAGUGAAUCUUAUACCAGUACCACUGGGACAACAGAGACUGGAUCUGAUACCAGUACCACUGGGACAACAGAGACUGGAUCUGAUACCAGUACCACUGGGACACCAGAGAGUGAAUCUUAUACCAGUACCACUGGGACAACAGAGACUGGAUCUGAUACCAGUACCACUGGGACAACAGAGACUGGAUCUGAUACCAGUACCACUGGGACACCAGAGAGUGAAUCUAAUACCAGUACCACUGGGACAACAGAGACUGGAUCUGAUACCAGUACCACUGGGACAACAGAGACUGGAUCUGAUACCAGUACCACUGGGACACCAGAGAGUGAAUCUAAUACCAGUACCACUGGGACACCAGAGAGUGAAUCUAAUACCAGUACCACUGGGACAACAGAGACUAGAUCUGAUACCAGUACCACUGGGACACCAGAGAGUGAAUCUAAUACCAGUACCACUGGGACACCAGAGAGUGAAUCUAAUACCAGUACCACUGGGACAACAGAGACUGGAUCUGAUACCAGUACCACUGGGACAACAGAGACUGGAUCUGAUACUAGUACCACUGGGACAACAGAGACUGGAUCUGAUACCAGUACCACUGGGACACCAGAGAGUGAAUCUAAUACCAGUACCACUGGGACAACAGAGACUGGAUCUGAUACCAGUACCACUGGGACACCAGAGAGUGAAUCUAAUACCAGUACCACUGGGACAACAGAGACUGGAUCUGAUACCAGUACCACUGGGACACCAGAGAGUGAAUCUAAUACCAGUACCACUGGGACAACAGAGACUGGAUCUGAUACCAGUACCACUGGGACACCAGAGAGUGAAUCUAUUACCAGUACCACUGGGACAAGAGAGAAUGGAUCUGACACCAGUACCACUGGGACACCAAAGCCUAGUUAUGACACCAGUACCACUGGGACAACAGAGACUGGAUCUGACACCAGUACCACUGGAGAAGCUAUUACAGGAUCUGAUACCAGCACCACUGGGGCACCUACUACAGGAUCUGAUUCCAGCACCACUCAAGUUCCCAUUAUAGGAUCCGAUACCAGUACCACAGAGACACCCAAUACAGAAUCUCAUACCAGUACCACUGGAGCACCUACUACAGGAUCUGAUACCAGUACCACUGGGGCACCUACUACAGGAUCUGAUACCAGUACCAUUGGGACACCCAGUACAGGAUCUGAUAAUGGUAUCACUGGGACACCCAAUAAAGAAUUUGAAACCAGUACCACUGAAACACCUGAUAAAGGCUCUAAUAUCAGUACCACUGGGACAACUAGUUCAGAAUUUAAAACCAGUACUACUGGAACACCCAACACAGAAUCUGAUAACAGAACUGGGACAUUCAGUACAGAAUUUGAUACCAGCACCACUGGGACACCCAAUACAGGAUCUGAUACCAGCACCACUGGGACACCCAAUACAGGAUCUGAUACCAGCACCACUGGGACACCUAAUACAGGAUCUGAUACCGGGACCACUGGGACACCCAAUACAGGAUCUGAUACCGGGACCACUGAGACACCCAAUACAGGAUCUGAUACCGGGACCACUGGGACACCCAAUACAGAAUCUGAUACCGGGACUACUAGGACAUCAAAUACAGGAUCUGAUACCAGCACCACUGGGACACCCAAUACAGGAUCUGAUACCGGGACCACUGGGACACCCAAUACAGGAUCUGAUACCGGGACCACUGGGACACCCAAUACAGGAUCUGAUACCGGGACCACUGGGACACCCAAUACAGGAUCUGAUACCGGGACCAUUGGGACACCCAAAACAGGAUCUGAUACCAGCACCACUGGGACACCCAAUACAGGAUCUGAUACCGGGACCACUGGGACACCCAAUACAGGAUCUGAUACCGGGAGCACUGGGACACCCAGUACAAGAUCUGAUACCAACACUCCUGGGACACUUGGUACAGAAUCUGAUACCAUGACCACUGGGACACCCAAUAAAGGAUCUGAUACCAGUACUACUGGGGCAUCUUAUCCUGGAAUCCACCCCACUACAACUAAUAUCCCAAAUCCAGAAAGUAACACUUCUAUCUCUAGUACCGUUAUCUUGACUGGCCAACUUAAUAAUAGUACCACACUGCUGAGUGACACAACCACCUCUAGUAUUUCUAUACCGACCAAUCCUACUAAAUCCCCGGUGACUACAUCUAGAGAUCCAGAAAUGUUUACCAGUUCAUUACCAAACGACACAACCAAUCCUGACACAGCUUUACACAGUGAUAUUGUAUACUCCAGCACUUUUACGCAGGGUAACCCAACUACAUCUAGUACAGCUGGGGUCCAACCACCUGUACCAGCUCCUGCAACUCCAAUGCCACUGUGGGAUCUAAUGCAGCAGUUAAUACGUCAAAAACUCAACAACUCUACCACGUCACCUCCACAGGUCAAUGUUAUGGACACCACCAUGGAAGUUGGGGAACACACCACUGGUGCCAUACUAGACAGCACUGCUAGUGACGUAGGUAUAACCAGCUCUACUGCGAGUACAAUUAACACAGAAUUAAACUCAGUUACCAACUUCGAUAGCGAAACAACCACUAUUGUCAAAAAUGACGUCAGUGCCACCGUGCCAUCUAGUGCACCACUGGUGCCAUCUACUUCCUAUGCUGAACUGAUUUCUGGAACGUUAUCUAUUAUCACACCACAUACAGGAGCCAGCAUGCCAUCAACUGCAGUGAUAGGAACCAGAACCAGCAGUCCCUUUGCUGCCUCAACAGGUAACAUGAUGGUACUUGAUACCGCAACUUAUACCAGAACCAGUGUAGCAUCUACGAGCACAAGAGAUGCUGAAACCACUGCACCAUUGGCUAUUUCCACAGUCAGUGUCCCAUUAGCUGACACUUCUAAAACAGAGACCACCAUAGUACCCAUUUCAGCAUCUUACACAAGAGUGACUCUGCCAGCUGCUACCACAACUGGAGCCAGAACCGAGGACCCAACCAGUACCACAAAUAAUGGCAUGCUCUUUGAUAGCAUGGGUGGGGUAAGGUCUACAGUAGCCAGUGUGGCAUCUUCUACCACAUCUGGAUUGAGAACCACUGCAUUUUCUGAUACUACACAGGAAAACAUUGCUUUAAGUACAGUAAUUGGAACCAGAACCACAGGUGCGAAGGUGACACCUACAGUUUUUUCAGGAGAACCCAGUAUAACGUCAUCUACCACAUCUGGACCCACCACCCCCUUAGCACCUAUCUAUGUGGCUUACACAGGAGCAAAUGUGCCUCCUUCUACUAUAACUAGCACCAUAAAAAAUAAUAUGGUAUCAACUGCUAAUAAUGAAGCCACACCUAGUACUUCCACAUCUGAAACCAGGACCACUGUAGCAGACACUUCCGGAUCUUAUACAAGGUUAAGUGUGCCACCUGCUAACAUACCUGGCACCACUGUAUUAAACACGGCUUCUGCUUGGGUUACCAAAACCAGACUCAAUGAACUGUCAACUGCUAUAUUUAAAACCGGGACCACCGUAGCACCCAUUGCAGUACCUUCUACAAAAGUAAGCAUACCAUCUACUACUGUUACAGAAACUGUAACCAAAGCACCAGUUACUACCCUCUUUUCAGGAGCGAGCAUGCCAUCUACACACAUGACUGAAACCACAGAAGCCAACGUGGAAUAUACUAGUGUUACCGAAACCAGACUCAAUGAACUGUCAACUGCUAUAUUUGAAACCGGGACCACCGUAGCACCCAUUGCAGUACCUUCUACAAAAGUAAGCCUACCAUCUACUACUAUUACAGAAACUGUAACCAAAGCACCAGUUACUACCCUCUUUUCAGGAGCGAGCAUGCCAUCUACUUACAUGACUGAAACCACAGAAGGCAACGUGGAAUAUACUAGUGUUACUGAAACCAGACUUGAUGAGCCAUCAACUAGCAAACCCUUAUCUGUAUCCACUUUGGCACCCAUUACCGUACCUUAUAUAAAGGUGAGUGUGUCACCAUUUACCAUAACUCCGACCACAAUAGCCAAUGUGGCAUCUACUGAUGAUACUAAAACCAUGCUCAAUACACCAUCAAUGACAGAAUUUGAAACCAAAUCAACUUCAAAGCCUGUUACAGUACAAUAUACGCAAGUGAUUUUGCCUUCUGCUGCUAUAACUGAAACCACAGCCACGUUGGACAAAGUGAUGUCUACUGGUGUCAUUGGAAGCAGAUCUAAUAUGCCAUCAACCGAAACAACUGAAUCCAACGCAUCUUUACAAUCCAUUACAGCAUCUUAUACAAGGGUUCAGGGGCCACCUACUACCAUGACUGAAUCAGGACCUACCACAGGACACAUUACAUCAUCAGUCGGAGGAGACAGCGUACAAUCCACUGUAGAACACGGAGCCAGAACAACAGUGUUAUCACCUACCAUAAAUAUCAGUGACCCAUUAAGUACCGGAACUGGAACCAACAUACCAUCAACUGCCACUCCCGAAACUGAGACAAGAAUUUUCACCACCACUGAGCUGCCAUCCACUACAGCUGAUAAAACAGUGCCGUUUCCUACAUCAGUGGAUAUCACAAGCACAUCACCAACUAAUUCCAACUCUGAUAACCAACCUUCUCUGACAGCCACUUCCACAUCUGAUGAUGCAACUUCUCAUCUAGAUGUCACCAUGCCUGAUACCAGAAGCCCUGGACAAUAUAUCACAUCCAAGAGCAUCAUUUCACCUGUCACUACUACCGACACUAUAAACACUGUGCUGGAUAUCACCACAUCUGACACCAUACACACUGUGCCAGCUAUCACCACAUCUAACACCAUACACACUGUGACAGCUAUCACCACAUCUGACACCAUACACACUGUGCCAGCUAUCACCACAUCUGACACCAUACACACUGUGCCAGCUAUCACCACAUCUAACACCAUACACACUGAGCCAGCUAUCACCACAUCUGACACCAUACACACUGUGCCAGCUGACACCACAUCUGACACCAUACAUACUGUGAUAGCUAACACCACAUCUGAAACCAUAAACACUGUGCCUUCUAUCACCACAUCUGACACCAUACACAUCACACCAGCUAGCACCACAACUGACACCAUUAACACUGUGACAGCCGACACCACAUCUAACACCACCAUAAACACUGUACCUUCUAUCACCACAUCUGACACCAUCAACACUGUGACAGCUUUCACCACAUCUGACACCAUCAACACUGUGCCUUCUCUUACCACAUCUGACACCAUACACACUGUGACAGCCGACACAACAUCUGACACCAUAAACACUGUGACAGCCAAAACCACGUCUGACACCAUACACACUGUGACAGCCGACACCACAUCUGACACUAAAAACCCUGUGACAACACACAACACAUCCAAAACCAGCAACAAUCUACCAACUGACAUCACAUCUGAGGUCAAACAUUUUGUAUCAACUUCAGCCAUGUCUGAAACCAAAAAUAUUGUACCAAUCGAAACCAUGUCUGAAACCCGAAACACGCUAAACGUCUCCGUGUUUCAAAGUAAAGCUGGAACGCCAACUUCGAAAACACCUGAAACAAGUCAUAAUGUGCCAACUUCCACCACAGAAACAAUAAUACUAACUGACUCACUCGAAACUAAAAUCCCUGGCACCACAUCUAAACCCGAAACCGUUAUCACUUUGGAGACCAGUAACUCCAUCAGAUCUUCCAUCACAUCUGAAUCUGCUGUGCCAACUGGAACCAUAUCUGAAGGCAUAAACAUUAUCCGGACUGGUAUCACAUUGAACGGUGUAGACAUCCAGGGGAGCAGCACACAUGAAUUUAGAAGCACCCCAGAUGUCACCACACACAAAACCAUACAUUUGGGGUCAACAGACACCCCAUCUGUUCCAACUGGUACCAUAACUAGCAUGAAGAACAUUAUUCCGACAUCCACCAUGGCUGAAAAUGUUGCAUCAUCCGGCAUUUCUCCUGAAAUAGGAAAGUAUGUUACAAAUGUCACAUUAUUCGAUAAAACAGAAAUUGUGCCAACUGGAGCUACAUCUAAACCUGGAGACAAUAUGCCAAUGACUCCCACCCUAGAAGAUAGUAACCUUCUUCCAACUGGAGUCACAACUCAAAUCAGUACUGGCAUCACAUCCGACAUCAAAAGUGUUGUAACAACGGGCAUCACAUCUGACAAAACCUUGUUAACUACCACCACAUCUCCAACCAACAUCACACCAACUAACACCACAUCUCCAACCAACAUCACACCAACUACCACCACAUCUCCAACCAACAUCACACCAACUACCACCACAUCUCCAACCAACAUCACACCAACUAACACCACAUCUCCAACCAACAUCACACCAACUACCACCACAUCUCCAACCAACAUCACACCAACUAACACCACAUCUCCAACCAACAUCACACCAUCUACCACCUUAUCUCCAACCAACAUCACACCAACUACCACCACAUCUCCAACCAACAUCACACCAACUAACACCACAUCUCCAACCAACAUCACACCAACUACCACCACAUCUCCAACCAACAUCACACCAACUAACACCACAUCUCCAACCAACAUCACACCAACUAACACCACAUCUCCAACCGACAUCACACCAACUACCACCACAUCUCCAACCAACAUCACACCAUCUACCACCUUAUCUCCAACCAACAUCACACCAACUAACACCACAUCUCCAACCAACAUCACACCAAGGACCACCACAUCUCCAACCAACAUCACACCAUCUACCACCACAUCUCCAACCAAUAUCACACCAACUAACACCACAUCUCCAACCAACAUCACACCAACUAACACCACAUCUCCAACCAACAUCACACCAACUACCACCACAUCUCCAAUCAACAUCACACCAACUACCACCACAUCUCCAAUCAACAUCACACCAACUACCACCACAUCUCCAAUCAACAUCACACCAACUACCACCACAUCUCCAAACAACAUCACACCAACGACCACCACAUCUCCAACCAACAUCACACCAACUACCACCACAUCUCCAACCAACAUCAAACCAACUGCCACCACAUCUCCAACCAACAUCACACCAACUAACACUACAUCUCCAACCAACAUCACACCAACUAACACCACUUCUCCAACCAACAUCACACCAACUAACACCACAUCUCCAACCAACAUAACACCAAGGACCACCACGUCUCCAACCAACAUCACACCAACUACCACCACAUCUCCAACCAACAUCACACCAACUAACACCACAUCUCCAACCAACAUCACACCAACUACCACCACAUCUCCAACCAACAUCACACCAACUACCACCACAUCUCCAACCAACAUCACACCAACUACCACCACAUCUGCAACCAACAUCACACCAACUACCACCACAUCUCCAACCAAUAUCACACCAACUACCACAUCUGCAACCAACAUCACACCAACUAACACCACAUCUCCAACCAACAUCACAGCAACUAACACCACAUCUCCAACCAACAUCACACCAACUAACACCACAUCUCCAACCAACAUCACACCAACUACCACCACAUCUCCAACCAGCAUCACACCAACUACCACCACAUCUCCAACCAGCAUCACACCAACUACCACCACAUCUCCAACCAACAUCACACUAAUGACCACCACAUCUCCAACCAACAUCACACCAACUACCACCACAUCUCCAACCCACAUCACACCAACUACCUCCACAUCUCCAACCAACAUCACACCAACUACCACCACAUCUCCAACCAACAUCACACCAACUACCACCACAUCUACAACCAACAUCACACCAACUACCACCACAUCUCCAACCAACAUCACACCAACUACCACCACAUCUCCAACCAACAUCACACCAACUACCACCACAUCUCCAACCAACAUCACACCAACUAACACCACAUCUCCAACCAACAUCACACCAACUAACACCACAUCUCCAACCAACAUUACACUAAUGACCACCACAUCUCCAACCAACAUCACACUAAUGACCACCACAUCUCCAACCAACAUCACACCAACUAACACCACAUCUCCAACCAACAUCACACCAACUACCACCACAUCUCCAACCAACAUCACACCAACUACCACCACAUCUCCAACCAACAUCACACCAACUAACACCACAUCUCCAACCAACAUCACACCAACUAACACCACAUCUCCAACCAACAUCACACCAACUACCACCACAUCUCCAACCAACAUCACACCAACUAACACCACAUCUCCAACCAACAUCACACCAACUAACACCACAUCUCCAACCAACAUCACACCAAUUACCACCACAUCUCCAACCAACAUCACACCAACUAACACCACAUCUCCAACCAACAUCACACCAACUACCACCACAUCUCCAAUCAACAUCACACCAACUACCACCACAUCUCCAACCAACAUCACACCAACUACCACCACAUCUCCAACCAACAUCACACCAACUACCACCACAUCUCCAACCAACAUCACACCAACUACCACCACAUCUCCAACCAACAUCACACCAACUACCACCACAUCUCCAAACAACAUCACACCAACGACCACCACAUCUCCAACCAACAUCACACCAACUACCACCACAUCUCCAACCAACAUCACACCAACUACCACCACAUCUCCAACCAACAUCACACCAACUAACACCACAUCUCCAACCAACAUCACACCAAGGACCACCACGUCUCCAACCAACAUCACACCAACUAACACAACAUCUCCAACCAAUAUCACACCAACUACCAAUACAUCUCCAACCAAUAUCACACCAACUACCACCACAUCUCCCACCAACAUCACACCAACUACCACCACAUCUCCAACCAACAUCACACCAACUAACACCACAACUCCAACCAACAUCACACCAACUACCACCACAUCUCCAACCAACAUCACACCAACUACCACCACAUCUCCCACCAACAUCACACCAACUACCACCACAUCUCCAACCAACAUCACACCAACUACCACCACAUCUCCAACCAACAUCACACCAACUAACACCACAUCUCCAACCAACAUCACACCAACUACCACCACAUCUCCAACCAACAUCACACCAACUACCAUCACAUCUCCAACUAACAUCACACCAACUAACACCACAUCUCCAACCAACAUCACACCAACUACCACCACAUCUCCAACCAACAUCACACCAACUACCAAUACAUCUCCAACCAACAUCACACCAACUACCACCACAUCUCCAACCAACAUCACACCAACUACCAUCACAUCUCCAACCAACAUCACACCAACUACCACCACAUCUCCAACCAACAUCACACCAACUAACACCACAUCUCCAACCAACAUCACACCAACUAACACCACAUCUCCAACCAACAUCACACCAACUACCACCACAUCUCCAACCAACAUCACACCAACUACCACCACAUCUCCAACCAACAUCACACCAACUACCAAUACAUCUCCAACCAACAUCACACCAACUACCACCACAUCUCCAACCAACAUCACACCAACUACCAUCACAUCUCCAACCAACAUCACACCAACUACCACCACAUCUCCAACCAACAUCACACCAACUACCACCACAUCUCCAACCAACAUCACAUCAACUACUACCACAUCUCCAACCAACAUCACACCAACUAACACCACAUCUCCAACCAACAUUACACUAAUGACCACCACAUCUCCAACCAACAUCACACCAACUACCACCACAUCUCCAACCAACAUCACACCAACUACCACCACAUCUCCAACCAACAUCACACCAACUACCACCACAUCUCCAACCAACAUCACACCAACUACCACCACAUCUCCAACCAACAUCACACCAACUACCACCACAUCUCCAACCAACAUCACACCAACUACCAUCACAUCUCCAACCAACAUCACACCAACUACCACCACAUCUCCAACCAACAUCACACCAACUACCACCACAUCUCCAACCAACAUCACAUCAACUACUACCACAUCUCCAACCAACAUCACACCAACUAACACCACAUCUCCAACCAACAUUACACUAAUGACCACCACAUCUCCAACCAACAUCACACUAAUGACCACCACAUCUCCAACCAACAUCACACCAACUAACACCACAUCUCCAACCAACAUUACACCAACUAACACCACAUCUCCAACCAACAUCACACCAACUAACACCACAUCUCCAACCAACAUCACACCAACUAACACCACAACUCCAACCAACCUCACACCAACUACCGCCACAUCUCCAACCAGCAUCACACCAACUACCACAUCACAAGCUCCAAACACCGAACCAACUGCCAACACAACUAAACUUAGUUGGACAACCAUUUCUGAGAGCAGAACAAGUCCAUCUAAUUGGACCUCUACUACACCCGGUGCUACAACCAACCCCCCAGCCGGGGCAGAAGAUAACAAGACCCCUCAAUCCACAAUUGAAACUACUACAAGAUCUCAGACUACAGCAGGAUUUUUUCAGUCGGAACCGACAACUGAUAAAGUAUCCAAUGCACAAGCCAAUCUUUUGAUUGCAUCUGCCAAUGUGACCACUGGAGCACCUCAACGGACUGCUGGGGUGACAACUAGGAAAGGGGCCACCCUUACCAGUCCAUCAAGUAAUGGCACCACUGGGCAGGAACCGGUACCUACCACGACUUUGGGAGCUCCUAACGUAUCUGGACCACAAGGCAAGACUACAACGCAGUCCAUGAAGCCUGUCAAUGUGAUUGGAGGAACUCAACUGACGGACAGAAGUCCAUCUAACCCGGGCACCAGCUCACGUGAUUCUCCUAUUGGGUCUGAUCCGCCAGGUGGCAUGGAGAGCACUGACAAAAUGAUCUACGAUGUCCCUUUAUCAUCAUCAGGAGGACCAGCAGGACCUGGGACUCUCAUGCUGAAGGUUACUUUGUCAAACACGACACAGGAAAGUGUUCCGGUCUCCAUGGAUUCCUUCAUAAAAAAGGCCUGUUUGAUGUUCGCCACACAAUUCAACCUGAGAAAUGUCACUCUGACUUGGGGACCGAGUCGGACCGCCAUGAACUGCCAGACUGUUCUGCUGACCUAACAGCCCCGCCGGAGACAGUGGAGGAAAGAGCUGCGACUUUCUUAUUUAUUGUAUUUGUUACCUUAUCCCUGUCCAGGACCAGUCCGGGACCAUCCAAUGUAAGGACCAGUCCGGGACCAUCCAAUCUAAGGACCAGUCCGGGACCAUCCAAUGUAAGGACCAGUCCGGGACCAUCCAAUGUAAGGACCAGUCCUGGACCAUCCAAUGUAAGAACCAGUCCGGGACCAUCCAAUGUAAGGACCAGUCCGGGACCAUCCAAUCUAAGGACCAGUCCGGGACCAUCCAAUGUAAGGACCAGUCCGGGACCAUCCAAUGUAAGGACCAGUCCGGGACCAUCCAAUGUAAGGACCAGUCCGGGACCAUCCAAUGUAAGGACCAGUCCGGGACCAUCCAAUGUAAGGACCAGUCCGGGACCAUCCAAUGUAAGGACCAGUCCGGGACCAUCCAAUGUAUGGACCAGUCCUGGACCAUCCAAUGUAAGGACCAGUCCGGGACCAUCCAAUGUAAGGACCAGUCCGGGACCAUCCAAUGUAAGGACCAGUCCGGGACCAUCCAAUGUAAGGACCAGUCUGGGGACCAUCCAAUGUAAG